AUGGAUCACUCAUUAUCCUCCCUCAUUCAGGAUCUGAGUCAUCAAGAGCAUGAGAGAAACACCUCCCCACAUGACGACACUAGCAUCGAUCCGAAUUCCACAUCCUUGCUUAGGCCUCCAGAGAAUGACCUGUGCUUGCAUUUCUCUACCAUCACUGAACAACAUUGCUCCAAUAACCAAAGAACUUAUCGGAGAUUCACAACCAAGAAAACAAUCAGAGGUAUGGUUGAAUGCCCAAUAAAUGAACUUCAGGAACUUAAGUUUGAAGCCUCAAAGAAGAUAUCAAUGGCUGAGGAG